AACUGUCUGCUGACCAUACAGUGCCUUUAUUGUUCCGAAGAGAAGAUGAGCUCCGGGGGCACGCUGCUGUAAUCCAGCUGCAGGAACGCACCUUUCACAGCAGAGCCACCCCCCACACACACCCCUCCUCCUCUUAACUCCACUAAGGGAAUCAGAAAUUAAACAUUGGAACUGAAGCGCACAGAGCAGAAAGAGGCAAAAGAAGGACUCAGGAACUGGCAAGAUGUCCAAGCCUUCCCGCUUAGCCAGACCCUCAUCAGCUGGAGCAGCUUCUAAGCCUCCUUCGGCCAGGAAAGAAGAUUUCGGCAGCAGAUCAAAAACAGUCAGCUUAGGGGAAAAGCUGCCGAGGACUGGCAGCGAGGGGACCCUGGUCAAAAAGCAGCCUAAGCAGCAGGUGCAGAUGGCACCAGUGGCUAUGCACAGGAGAGCUCGACACAAAGAACACGGGAACAGUAAUUUACGAGUAACAUCAGCAGAGGAUGCCGAACACCUCAGCAAAAAGCAGAGUGAUGCUAGUGACUGCACUUUGAAUACUAAACCUGCCCGGAAUAUCCCACGAAGACACACAGUAGGAGGUCCGAGGAGCUCCAAAGAGAUACUAGGAAUGCAGACCUCAGACAUGGAUAGAAAAAGAGAGGCUUUUCUAGAGCAUUUGAAACAGAAAUAUCCACAUCACGCAUCAGCCAUUUCGGGUCACCAAGAGCGACUUAGAGAGCAGGCCAUACAGUGCAUGUUGGCCUCGCUUCACUCAGAGCUUGACAUGCAAAGGUACUUGAUGAAAAUCGAGUCAUCUCAAAGAAUCAUAAGCCCGAAGCACUCCCAGAGCCCGCAGCCUGGUCCUGGAGAUCAGGCCGAGCAUCAGUUGGUCGUCUCGGAGGAGUCAUUGGAAGUCAUGUCUGAGGAAGAGGUCCCAACUGCUUUCACUAGGGGCAGCCGCUCAAGGGCAAGCCUCCCGGUGGUGAGGUCAACCAACCAGACAAAGGACAGAUCACUAGGUGUGCUUUAUCUGCAGUAUGGAGACGAAACCAAACAGAUAAGGAUGCCAAAUGAAAUAACGAGUGGGGACACAAUCCGUGCCCUCUUUGUAAGUGCCUUCCCACAACAGCUCAACAUGAAAAUGUUGGAGUCUCCUAAUGUAGCAGUAUACAUCAAGGAUGAUGCACGGAAAAUGUACUACGAACUUGGUGAUGUAAGGAACAUUACAGACCAUUCCUGCCUGAAGGUUUACCACAAGGACCCUGCCCAUGCGUUCAAUCACAAUCCCAGACCUGCAAACGGAGACGUGAGGAUGCACAGAGAAAUAGUCUACACUACCAGGGAGGGCCAGCAUACCAUGCGUCAACCCAUGGGCCCCCCACCCCCUCACGUCAUCCCCAGCUCGCUGCCUCCUCCUGCUGCCCAUUCUAUGCCCCCUUCGCCUUCCAGGAUCCCAUUCGGUGGGCCCCGUACCAUGGCCCUACCAGGCAGUGCCACAAUCCCAAGAGACCGGCUGUCCAGCGUGCCUCCCUCCAGGUCUAUCUCGCCCAGCCCAAGUGCCAUUCUGGAGAGAAGGGAUGUCAAGCCUGAUGAGGACAUGAGCAAUAAAAGCAUUGCACUGAUGCGCAGUGAAGGCCUGUAUGCAGACCCUUACAUGCACCAUGAGGGGCGGCUGAGCAUUGCCUCCUCCCACAGUGGCCACCCGGGAGACAUACAGGACCACUCCAUGGGCUAUCACCGUGGCUCCAUCAGGUCAACAGGCUCUUACUCCAGUGCUACCAUGGCGACGGAAAUGAUGGAGCACCACACUGUGUACAGGCAGAAGUCAAGGAAGUACACAGACAGCCAUUUGCCUACUUUAGGCUCCAAAACCCCACCCCCUUCCCCCCACAGGAUAACUGACAUGAGGAUGAUGGACAUUCAUACAACCCAGAAUGCCCACGUGCCUCCUCUUCAGACCGUUCAGCUCGACAGAUCGUCUCCCGUCCGCCAUUCCUUCAAGAAGGAAUCCGGGACGUCGGUUGCCAUAGAAACAGUAAGCAUGGCACGGAGCCCCAUGACUUCGCCUGUUGUUUUCGACUUGGCGCCAGGGCCAGGAGACAAGCCGUUGCUGGGACAUGGCCCACCUCCAUCACCUAGUGACCCUAAAACUAGGGAGAGAAUGAAGGUCAUGGAGAAGCAAAUUGCCAGUUUGACUGGACUUGUUCAGUCUGCACUUUUAAAGGGGCCAAAUACCAGUAAUGCCAAAGAAGCUUCAAGUGAGAACACCAUGAAGGCUGACUCCCUCGUUAACAGCACAAGCAGUGGAGAAGAAGUAAAGAGUUCUGCGGGUACCGUGGAGUCCAUGUCCACCAUCACUCUCCCUCCUCCUGGGGGCUCUGCACCAGCUCAAGGGAGUCUGCUGCAUUUCAGAAAGAAUGUCUCUGACCUCCGGCUUCAGCUUCAGCAAAUGAGGCAGCUGCAGCUGCAGAAUCAGGAGACGCUGCGGGUGAUGUUGAAGAGAGCAGAGUCGGAGAUCAAUGGCAAGGUUCUGGAGGUGGUGAAGAGGAUGGAAGACCCUGUGCAGAGGCAGAGAGUGGUGGUAGAGGAGGACAGGCAGAGAUAUCUGGGGGAGGAGGAGAAGAUCGUCACACAGCUGUGCAAUCUGGAGAGAUACGUGGAUGAGCUGCACAGAGACUCGACCUCCUCCACUGUGCACAGAGCCGUCACUCUGAAGGAUGUGGAAGACGGGGCUGUUUCCCUGAGGAAAGUGGGGGAGUCACUGGCAGGAUUAAAGGGAGAGUUUCCAAUGCUGCAGAACAAGAUGAGGGCUGUGCUGCGUGUGGAAGUAGAGGCAGUGAGGUUUCUGAAGGAGGAGCCUCACAAGCUCGACAGCUUGCUGAAGAGAGUGAAGACCCUGACUGAAUCCCUCACGGGUUUGAGAAGGUGUGCCACAGAAAUGACACAGGUUACAAAAACCACAGUCACAGAGUAUGAAUCUGAAGCUCCAAUCACUGUGAAUAUGCAACCCCAGGAGCAGGGGGUGCACAUUCAAACACCGUCUCAGCCAAACUUCCCAAGCACUCUGCCAGAGCCCCAGGGCUCCUCCAUCAAGUCCGAGGUGAUGCCAGCUUCCCCAGUGGUGAUCCACCAUGUCCAGAGUGCCCCAGUGGCCAUACAACAGUCCCAGCACUCGGCCACCCUGCUGCACCACUCACAGAGCCCCCCAGCCACGCCGACCCUGCGCCUGCACUCCUCGUCCAUGGCGGUUCAGAGCCUGCAGAGCACCUCUGACAAUGUGCAGCAAAGCCAGGAGAGCAGCACCGCUAUCCUGCAGCAGUACCACACCACCCUCAACCCAAAACUGGCAGCCCAGGCGAUGAACAUCGGCAACGAAGCCACCAUGCAAAGCCUCUUGGUUGAAGAAAUCCAAACCAGCAGGACCAGAAACAGAAACAGAGUCGUGUCUAUCGAGGCAGCAGAAAAGGAAUGGGAAGAGAAAAGGCUAAAUGUGGGUCAUUAUGAUGGGAAACAGUUUGAGAAGCUCCUCCAGGAGGCUCAGGCCAACAUGAUGAAAGGGAUCCCCAGCUUGGAAGUGUUGCAAGGGGCAGCACCUCCCCCACUUCCCCCUCCACCUAACCCCGAUGAAGUGGACACACUCCACGUACUGGAGCCGCAAGCAGAGGAGGCCCCUCACACAGAGCCAGGCAUCGAGAAGGUAGUGAAGUCUCCCCCUCCUCCUCCCCCUCCUCGAAGAACUUAUCCUCCAGGGUCUGGCCUGACGACCGGGAGAUCGGGAGAAGUGAUAUUCACGAGCAGGCAGGAGGCAGUCAGUGCUCAGGAGGCAGAAACAGCAGCAGCACAGGUUCAGCAGACCAAAUUACCCAGAAGUCCGAGUGAAAGCAAAUCGCCACCACAAACCCCGCCCCCCAUCAUUGCCUCGUCCAGCCGGGAGGAGGAAGAUGAGGGAGACAAGAUCAUGGCGGAGCUGCAGGUUUUCCAGAAGUGCACUUUUAUGGAUGUAGGGACAAAAAGUAUUGUUGAGCAUCCCAGAGUUGAAACCCAAUUCAGAGAGAUAAGGCCUGGGGCCUUAAUAUCACCCAGAGAAAAGAAGCAGAGCAUGGAGAUACUUGGUGAAGAGAGACAAACAGACACUGAUGAGAAUGGAAACGAGACUGCGCUGGAUAGCCCUCAGGUUAUAUAUUACGUCACUGCACAGAUUUCAAAUAAACCCCCUUCACUGCAAAUGGAAGAGCUACAGGAGCCCAGUGUGGAUGGAACUGCAGAAAGCAACCUUCAGUUUGUGGCGAAUGAACCAUUUGUUUUCCAGGAGUGUUCAUAUGUGGAAAACCAAGGGUACUUCCCAGAUAGACAACAUCAGUUCCAGAUUUCCUAUACUGAAACCCAGCAGGAAGUACCCGAUGUGGAACAAAAACAAGAAAUGAGAACUGCCCAUUGCAUUCAGAAAGAAGAACUAACCAGAACCAUACCACAGAAAGGUAGCAUUGAAGACACCAUGAUAAAAAUGUCUACAGAAAACUCUGAAGCCACUAAUGCAAGCCCUUUGCCUACAGAAAUGUCUGUAAGCCAACUGAACUCCUUAAUGAAAAACCAAGAGGCUCCUGUGACUCUCGAGUCCCCUCAAGAAUUGACAGAAGAGGGACACAGUGAACAGGUAGUACUCAGAUCCAAAUCAUCUAAGGUAAAUAUCAAGUAUUUUGAGGAUGCAGACUCGAACCCUAGUUCUCCUAGCGAAGAAAGCCCUACACCCAUUGAUAACAUAGCGUUCAUGAUCACGGAUACAGAGGUGCAGGCUCUUUCCUGCGGAGAAUUUCAAGAAAUAGUCAGCAAUAAGGGAGAAAACGUACAAACUGUAAACGUUGAUGCCAACCGGGAAAUGACGACCCAGGGUUACAGCCACAGCCAGUUGGAUUCCGAAGACCCAGCUGCAGGCCUGGACAGGAAGCCAGUCAUCAUCAUAUUCGAUGAGCCAAUGGAUAUUCGAUCAGCUUACAAGAGGCUGUCCACUAUAUUUGAGUCUGAAGAGGAGCUGGAGAGGAUGUUGGCUGAGGAAAGGAUCGACGAGGAAAAUGAGGAAGCUGAGGAGACCGAUUCAGAUAGAAAGGAGGUCUCUCUCGAAAGCAGAGCUGAUCGAGUGGAAAGAGCAGAUCAAGUAUCAAGUGUUGACAGCUGUAACUAUCUUCAAACCAAUAAUGCUCAUUUACUAGAGCCUCCCGGAGGGUCGACUGCAGAAGCGAAGCCUAAUGUUCUAGAUGGCAGCAAGCAAGACGCUAAGAAAAAGUUCAAAUUCAAGUUCCCCAAAAAGCAGUUGUCGGCUCUCACUCAAGCCAUUCGCACAGGUACAAAGACUGGCAAGAAAACACUACAGGUGGUGGUUUAUGAAGAAGAGGAAGAGCCGGAUGGAACUGUAAAACAGCAGAAGGAAGCCAAGAGAUUUGAAAUUAGGUCAAAGCUCACAGACGACGAAACCACCUCCACUACCGUCAAAACUAUUGCCACAGUACAACAGGCGUCUUCAAAUUCUCAGUACAGGACUGAUGAAAUUCGUAAGAAUACAUAUAAGACCCUUGACAGCCUGGAGCAAACCAUUAAACAGCUGGAAACGACAAUAAGCGAGAUGGGUCCCAAAUCGCCUGAAGAAACUGUGCUGGAGGAAUCUAGAACCUUCUCUUUUCAGAAAGCUGAAUCUGCAGAACAAGCCGAGCCUCAGGUGGAGCUUGGUUCUGUCCGGGAGUCGGCAGCUCCAGUCAAUUAUCAAAAGGGCCUGCAGUGGAAGAGGUCCAAACCACAGCUAUUACCAAGGGCUGCAGCCACCACCACCAUCACCUGUGAACAGAGCAGCAGUGCAAUCUCGUCAACCAGCAGGAUGCCAGUGCCAAUGUCUUCAAAAUCCAGACAGCAGCCAGGGAGCCCAGACAAAGCUGGAACACAACAGAAGCUCCAGGAGCCCCAGAGGCAGUUCCGACAGGCUAAUGGAAGUGCUAAGAAAGCUGAUGGGGAUUAUAAAGCUUCUUCCCCUAUUGUACCUGCUUCUAAGAUCCCAGCCUUUUCCCCUAGCUCUGGGAAAGGAAGCUCUGGGUCUGCUUCUAGCUCAGACAGCACUAACCCUAUUAAUUCCUCUUCCUCUAAGUCUUCCAUUCCUUCUGCCCUCCUGAACCCCCAUGGCAGCCGCUCCUCUCUCCAUCACCCCUCCUCAUCCUCCCACAUCCCCUCUAUCUCUAACGGCUCUCUGAGGCUUCAGAGCCCCACUCACACUGGGAAAGGUCCAAGUCUUUCCAUCUCACCACAGACUCAAAACGGCCGGCCACCCCCUUCCUCCUCCGCCUCCUGCUCCCCUUCCCCAGUCUCCUCCACCUCCCUGAGUCCAGGUGUGAAGAGCAUCCGGACCAUACACACACCCAGCUUCAUCAGCUACAAGGGGCACAACGGGAAGCCCACUCCAUCUUCUUCAUCUGCCAAGGAAUCAGCCCAAAACCACACCUAAUACACCGGGCUUGCUGUACUGACCAUUGAUAUUAUUACUGUUGUGUUGUUUUUGUUUGCUUUGGUUUCAUACUGCACCAACAUGCUUUUAUUAGUUUUUAUUUCCUCUUUAUUUUUGCUUAACAUCUGCAGCAUACCAGAUUUCCAGAUCUGUCUGUUACUACCUGUACAGAACAAAAAAAGUGUUUUGUGUUUACUUAACAGGGGUUAAAGUCAGUGUGUUCUGAAUUGUUAAAUAGAGCAAUGCUUUUGUGUUUACAGGUUUCUUUUCGAUGGUGUUAAGAUUGAAUAUAUUUUUUAAUUGACGUGUUGGGGAAUUGAAAUAUUUUGUAUCGUGUAUGAAAACAGUGUGAAAAAAAUGGUAAUAAAAAAAAAAAGAAUAUUAAGAGAUGGAUUAGCUUUUAGUUUGACUUUUGCUUUUAGUUUCAGUCUUUUGAUUUUCCAGCAUUGUGGUGAUUUGUUUUAAUGCUAGAUCUUUAAAAAAUUUUAAAUAAAUAAAUAAAUAAUAGUACAAAAAUAAACAUGAGAAAUAUCUGUUUAAGAAGUGCUGAUAUUUCAAGUCUGGGUAAGAAGAAUAUUUUGUGGUAAGCUUCCUAUGCACUGCCUCGUUACUUUGUUUAAAAGUACUUAUGAUAGAUGGAUUUAUGAGGCAGAUCUCUUUUCUGUUUCCAGUAGUUGUACUGCCUAUCUGCCAAAGUUAUUUUGUACCUAAUAUCCAUCUUGCAGCUUCUACUAACAAAAACACUGAACCUAAAGUGGGCUAUUUCCCAACCAUUACUUUAAUAAUCUGUGUAACUGCAGUCAAUGGUUCUUGAUGUUUAAAUAUAUACUAAACAGUAGUCCUUUAAAUAGUAGCAGACUUGUGUAUAUAAAUGCAUAUAUAACCCUGCGGAAACCUAGUAUAGUUUUGUUAACAAACCAAAGUUUAUUUCUAUGCAUGCCUUUCUGAUAUUGCGGAUGAGGUGAACAUUGCUGAUGUGAAAGAGAAAUUACGUUUGCACAGAGAGAGAUUUUGUAAAUAUGUGUGUAUUCUUCAUUUUUCUUUUUGUAAAGCUGUAAACCAUGUUGUAUAAUACAGCUCUAUGUUAAAUUGAUAAUUGUGACGCUAUAAUAAAAUAAAGGGCUGCAUGCGUGUAAGUAUGUGUUGUUUUAUAUUAUUUUUUUUCUGUCACAUGACCAAGGAUUCUGGUCUUUAAUUGCUAGUUAUUUUGAGGGAAAUUCUGCCCUCUAGUGGUGGGUAACUGUGCUUCCAUAAUCACUGUCUUUUCAUAUGAGGCUAAAAUCAGAAGAAUCCUGUGGUACUCCUAGUAAAGAUGCAGGGCCGCUAACCUCAGUGCUGUGUCUUAUUCUCUGGAAAAUACACAGGACAGAAGAAGUGGGAGCAGCUUUUACCACUGAUGCAGCACUUGGACUACCUUACCAAAAUGGACAUUAAUUAGCUUUGGGUCUGUAAAACCAGCCAGUGGUUAAAAAUGGACCCUUCAUGUGUAUUGCAAUGCAUCUCUUCACACGUACUGUACUAACAUCGGUCUCUGACCCACUUACAAGCAUUGCAAAUGCAACUGAAUUACUACCAGUCCUAGUAUGGUCUAAAGUGAUUGUUGAGUAAUUCUGUAUUUUUGUAGCAUGUUAAGUUACCUACUAAUGUCCUAUAUUUCUAGCAGAGUAAAAACUUAUUAAAGCUAUAGUGAUUUUC